GCCACAGACCAGAUGAAAGAAGAUUUGUGACUGGCUGUUCGUGUGGGCCACUGUUUUAGCCUGAAAAUGUUUUUAUCCAGGGGCUGACUGACAACUCAUGGGGCCCCCGGCAAUAGGGGUUAAUGGGGCCCCUGUGUCCUUGCCAAAACUCAAAAAAUCCCAUGAAAAAGGUACCAGGGGCAUCUCAUGGGGCCCCCUACUGACCCCAGGCCCUCGGGCAGUGGCCGAGUUUUCAAAUGGUCAGUCCGCCCCUGUACACACCCUCUAUCUUAGAAUGGAAAAU